AUGAAAGUUAGAGAUUGGGGGUGGUAUGUGGUGUGUGUGUGUUUACUCUGCCCAUGGUUAGUGCUGUCUGUCCCAUUAUCAUAGCAAAAAGGUGACCAGAAAACUGGAAUAGAGACUGGGACUUCAUUUAAGGGAGGGUUUGGGCUUAAUGUUUGCUGUGGCAAAGCAAACAGGGUUAAUUUAUGUUUUAAGAGAAUAUCUAUGAUGGCACAAGGUGACCUGAAGAAGGGAUUUGAAGGCUUUGAUUUUACAUCCCUGUUUCAUUUGGAUUGGUAGGAAAUUACUGGGUUCAUUCUUGAAUUUUUUAGUUUCCUACAAAUUUCUUAUUAAGUCUCCUUCACAGGACAUUACUUUGAAACUUUAGAGCUGAGAGACAACUUGAAGCAAACAUUCCAACUCUGUGAACUUCAGUUUGGGCGUAAAUUCCAGAUUUGCUCCCUUACAUUAAAGAGAAAAUGCUGCUAUCAGUGACUUCCAGGCCUGGGAUUUCGACUUUUGGCUAUAACAAGAACAACAAGAAGCCAUAUGUGUCAUUGUCUCAGCAGAUGGCACCACCUAGUCCAAGCAGCAGUACCCCAAACAGCAGCAGUGGGAGCAAUGGAAAUGACCAGUUGAGCAAAACCAACCUCUAUAUUCGGGGAUUGCAACCAGGCACUACUGACCAGGACCUUGUCAAAUUGUGCCAGUCAUAUGGCAAGAUUGUCUCCACUAAGGCCAUACUGGACAAGAGCACAAACAAAUGCAAAGGCUAUGGCUUUGUGGACUUUGACAGUCCUUCAGCAGCACAGAAAGCUGUGACAGCACUGAAAGCCAGUGGUGUACAGGCACAGAUGGCAAAGCAACAGGAGCAGGACCCCACAAAUUUAUACAUAUCAAACCUUCCUCUGUCAAUGGAUGAGCAAGAACUAGAGGGGAUGCUGAAGCCUUUUGGCCAAGUUAUCUCCACUCGAAUCCUCCGAGACACCAGUGGGACCAGCAGAGGGGUUGGCUUUGCAAGGAUGGAGUCCACAGAGAAGUGUGAAGCCAUCAUCACCCAUUUUAAUGGAAAAUAUAUUAAGACACCUGCUGGAGUACCAGCCCCAUCUGAUCCCUUGCUUUGCAAAUUUGCUGAUGGUGGUCCAAAGAAACGACAGAACCAAGGGAAAUAUGUGCAAAAUGGACGGGCCUGGCCAAGGAAUGGAGAUAUGGGUGGUAUGGCCUUGACCUAUGACCCCACCACAGCUCUUCAGAAUGGGUUUUACCCGGCUCCUUAUAACAUCACCCCCAACAGGAUGCUUGCUCAGUCUGCGCUCUCCCCAUAUCUUCCAUCUCCUGUGUCUUCGUAUCAGAGAGUAACUCAGACAUCUCCUCUCCAAGUACCUAACCCAUCUUGGAUGCACCACCAGUCAUACCUCAUGCAGCCUUCAGGCUCUGUUCUGCCGCCAGGGAUGGAUCACCCCAUUUCUCUCCAGCCUGCCUCCAUGAUGGGACCUCUUACCCAGCAACUGGGGCACCUCUCUCUCAGCAGCACAGGCACGUACCUGCCGCCGGCCGCCACUGUGCCAGGAGCUUACAUCUCCCAGUAUGCCCCUGUGGCUGCUUCCAGUGUUUCCGCUGAGGCUGCUUUAGUGGGAAGGGCCAGAAGGAUCGCACAACUUGACCCUCGUGCCUUGGCUGUGGUGCAGGAGAGCGGCAGCCAGCAGAACCCAGUGCCGGUGGAUGCUCCCUCGGACCACGGGCUCUACUCCUUCCAGUUCAACAAGUAACAGUGUGGUCUGGAACCGACCCCACAAUGUCUCUGAGGUGUGCUUGAACAAAUGAAUUAUUGGAAAUGCUGGUGCUCCCGGACUCGAGGGCCGACUGGGAAUAGAGAGCCGCUGCGGACCCUGCUAAGGACUAACACGUGGGCAGUGUUGUUCACAGGCCUGGGCCUGGAGAACGAAAUCUCUGCACUCCUGCCCCCUUCUUCUUCCUCCAUUUCUGAGGGAGCCUGGGGGGGACCGUCACUUUUUGUGCGUGCUGCAUUCAAGGAGAUCAGAAGAACUUCUUUUUUCUUUAUUUUGCAAAGAAAGUUUUAAUAUUUUGUUCUUAACUGCAAUAUACUCUUUCCUUAUCCCAAAGAGACGUAGUGCCUGGAGCUUCUUCCCAUCUUUAUGAAAAACAGUUUUUGACGUGUUGGACUUGCCAGGGGAGGCUUUAAAAAUUUUUGUUAUUUCUUUUUUUAAGAAAAGUGCAGUUGUAGAACAUGAUGAAGGAGUCCUACGGUGGGCCCUUCUGCGCAGCUGCGUUACGGGCUUGUUUUGGGGUGUGUGCGGGGGGAGAUGAUGCAGACAAAAUUUUCUGUUUUAUAAAGCUCUUAGCUCACACAUCA